AUGCUCUUGCGAUCAUUGGGGAAAUACGUUCAGGGGAUCUUCCUGAUUUCGGCGCUUGGGUUAAUCUUGCACGAUGUUGGGUUGAAGGCGAAUCCAGAUGAAGCCACUUUGAGAGAGCUCCUGUCGCGAAAUUUAAUACAACCUAGAGCUGCCCGAUGUGAAGAUGCUUUCGGGAACGCAAUGGGGGAGGUUGCCUCCUUUUUUCAAAACUGCCUCCCGAGUAACCUGAAGCCAAUGUCAAUUUGUGCGAAUUGUGGCGAAUAUUUUCGAAAGGGCGUGGCUGCUUUUGACACUCUACGGGACGUGAAUUGCUAUGUGAAGCCGAUUGACCUGGAUAAUCACAGUGAAACGCCGAAAUUUCGUCCGGAUGUGUCGAAUUUUCUCCAGAAUGUUUCUUCAGUGGAUCAGUGCUUCAUCGAUAAUCCUGGAGACAAAGCUUGCAACAAGUGUGAGAAGGAAUACACGACGGCAAUGGCGUUUUACAAGGAAUUGUUGUACGAAUCCGCCGAAGCAGCCGAAAAGCAGGAAAUCACCAAUUCUGAGUCUCACUUCUUGUGGCAAUUACUGGAUGCCAGGCCAAUCAGAGCAUUUUUAUAUCGGGGAGAAGUUUUAUGGGAACGAUCCCAGUCCCCAACGAAGUCCCCUGGAGGUUUUCGACUGUGUUUAGACGCCAUUCAUGCAAUGAAUCAAACGAGAACGACGUGGAAAGCACGGGGCUGCAGGGAAAAGGAAACGUCAACCAGUUUGCUAGCCCUGGGAAUCACAGUGGGAGCGAUGAUCUUGCUGCCAAUUUUUUUCUACCUGGUUGUUUUCUGCGUCAGCGUUCGUCGGAAGCCAUUCGUUGAGGCUCAACAGAAACGAUUGCGAUGGAGGUAUGAUACGUUGACGGAGGACUACAUCGAUGACAAGGUCGGAGAAGAACGGUGA